AUGAAGUUCUCCACCACUCUGAUUGCCUUCGUUGCCGCCGGCCUCGCCAGCGCCCAGCUGCCCGAUGUGCCCGCCUGCUCGCUGAGCUGCUUCCUCUCUGCCCUGCAGAGUGAUGGUUGCUCCGAGCUGCUCGACUUCAACUGCCACUGCCAGAAGCCCGAGCUCGUGAGCAGCAUCACUCCUUGUGUUCAGAAGGCCUGCGAGGUCAAGGACCAAAUCUCCGUCUCCAACGCCGUCGUCGGCCAGUGCUCUUCCGCCGGCCACCCCAUCUCGAUUCCCCCCAUCGAGACCAGCGCUUCCUCCAGCGCCUCCAAGGCCUCCAGCACCUCGAGCUCCGCCCCCGCUGAGACCACCGCCGAGACCACCGCCUCCGCUACCCCCACCGCCUCCACCAGCGAGAGCUCCAGCGCCGUUGAGUCCUCCUCCUCCUCCGCUGUUGAGACCGGCAGCUCCACCACCGGUGCCGCAGGUACUACUACCGCUGCUUCCACCCACGUCAGCUCCUCCGGUACUGCCACCUCCACCCCGCUGACGACCACUACCGGCUCAGCCACUGCCUCUACCUCUUCGCCCGCCUUCAACGGUGCUGCGAAUGUGAAGGGCAACAUGGCUGGUGUUGCUGCCCUCGCCGCUGCUGCCGCUUACAUCCUGUAA